AUAAAUUAGGGCAAAGCAACCGACACAGACUCAUUUUUUGAUGUCACAUUUUGGGAGUACCAAACCACAAAAACGGAUGCUGUGUGGUGAAACACACCUAACAAUCUGACACCGACUGUCAGAAUGAACGGCACUCAGCAAAAUGACCUGAAAAGACAACACUUGUUGGAGAGGCUGCUGGAUGCAGUGAAACAGUGCCAAAUCCGCUUUGGGGGGAGAAAGGAGAUAGCAGCGGACUCAGACAGCAGGGUGAUAUGCCUAUGUGCCCAGUUUGAGUCAGUGCUCCAGCAUGGCCUGAGGAAGAGUCGCGGUCUGGCUCUCACUGCAGCUGCCAUCAAGCAGGCGGCCGGUUUCACAAGCAAAGCAGAAGCAGAGUUGACCUUCUGGUUCUAUGUGAAGGAUCACCUGAACCGGCACGAGCUCCAGCGCUUCUAUACUCUGCGCCACAUCACCUCAGAGCAGGGCCGGGGUCGAGCCUGGCUCCGUGCCGCGCUCAAUGAGCACUCGCUGGAGCGCUACCUGCACACAGUGCUGGCCGACCGCACCCGUCUCAGUGCCUUUUAUGAAGACUGGGCUUUUGUUCUGGAUGAGGAGAGGGCCAGCAUGCUCCCCAUCAUGGCUGCUGGUCUGAACUCCAUCCUCUUCGCCAUCAACAUCGACAACGUUGACCUGAACGGGCAGGGUCGCGGCGGAGUGGGUGCGGGCAGUGGCAGUGCCGCGGUGUCCCACCUGCUGAAGGAGUCCACUCAAGGCAUGAGCACCCUGUGGAAGGAGUCCACCCAGGGGGUCAGCAGCCUGCUGCGCGAGAUCGGCUCGGCCACCGCCGUCAUGCCAGGCUUCACCCCGCGCCCGGAUGAGGCCUCGGACCCGCUGCCCGUCCUGCCGCGCAGCACCUCCGCAGACUCCGGCCUGAAGAACGUACGCCGGCGGAAGAAAAAGAUCACCAAUAUUAUCUCCUUCGACGACGAGGACCCUGACGAGGAAGAGCCUUACGACGGCAUCAGGAGCCCCAGGAAGAGCCUGAUGGGGACCACAGCAGCGGCGGUCCCAAUGGGCGAGGUCAGCCCCGAGGAGGCCCUGGAGCCUCCGGAGCCCCUGGAGGCCCAGGAGGCUCAAGAGUCGCUGGAGCCCUCGCCCUCCCAGAACGGGCUGCUGGGGAGCGGCAUCGUGGGCUGGGCGACCACCCCACCCUACAACGGAGUCCCGCUGGACUCCAAGAGCAUUGACAACGAGGAGGAGGACGAGGAUGAAGAUGUGUACGGGAAAGGAAGGGUGGUGCCACAGGAGGAGUCUGGAAGCACAGAACAGAUGGUGGUGGGUAGCUUGUCGAGUGUUUCCACCUGGAGCCCUAGACAGAUGCUGACGGAGAACGACAACGACAGCUCAGACAUCUUCAUCCCGCUGGCCCCCUCGGACGUCUACACGCAGCCAGUCAGUUCAGUGGAGACGGUGGGCUACGGGGCAGACAGUUCAGGCCUGGCGUCUGACAUGGAGAAGCCCUCGUCACUGCUGCAGUUCAGCAUGGAGCCCAGUCCCCCUGUGUCGACGGCACCUGUUAGCGGCAUGCUACCCACCCCAGGCCUUCCUGAGUCUAUGACUGUCGUUGAAUUACGGCAAGCCAUAGUGGCCAUGAUGAACCGGAAGGACGAGCUCUCCGAGCAGAAUACGUCACUGCGCAGUCUGUUGGAUGGGGAGAUGGAGCAUUCAGCUGGACUCAGACAGGAGGUGGACACCCUGAAGAACAAACUUGCUGAGCUGGAGGAGAGACACGCCGCCAAAGUCCAGGCCCUGGGCAGAGAGAACGAGGUCCUCAAGGUCCAGCUGAAGAAGUAUGUGGGGGCGGUCCAAAUGCUGAAGAGGGAGGGUAACCAAGGCAACGACGCUCUCCCCAUCCAGCGGAACUGCGAAGCACCCCCGCCGGCACCAACCUACCGGCCAGCAGGAGACACGGAGGAGUUGGCCUCCAGCUAUGAGCGCAAACUGAUUGAGGUGGCUGAGAUGCACGGCGAGCUGAUUGAGUUUAAUGAAAGGCUUUACCGCUCGCUCAUGGCCAAAGACCACCUGAUCAGCCAGAUGAGACAGGAGCUCAUUGACCUGCGUGGACCGAUGCCUGGGGACUUGAGUCAGACGUCCGAUGACCCGAGUCUGUCAGACUUUGAGACGACCAACCGUGCUCUGGUGAAUGUGUGGAUCCCCUCAGUGUUCCUGCAGGGCCGCGCUGCCAAUGCCUAUCACGUCUACCAGGUGUACAUCAGGAUCCUGGACAACGAGUGGAAUGUGUACCGGCGCUACACGGAAUUCCGCGAGCUGCACAACCAUCUCCGAACGCCAUUCCCCCAGGUGGACACCUUCAGCUUCCCUCCCAAGAAAGCCAUUGGAAACAAGGAUGCCAAGUUUGUGGAGGAACGGAGGAAACAGCUGCAGACCUACCUGCGCAUGGUGAUGAACAAGCUGGUGCAGACGCUGCCUGAGUUCACGGCCCAGCCCACCAAGGAGACGCUGCUGAGGCUGGUCCCAUUCUGCCAGGAUACCCCGAAGACGACGGAUAGCGGGUCCAAAACUGCUCGCUCCAAAGCCUCGUCCCGUUUCCCUCGACUGGGCCGCAACCAGAACCGGGACUCCCGCAACCCGGAGCCCCAGAGCGGUGACCUUUAACCCCAUUUUGCCACAGCCUGCCACUCCCCUGAACUCUCAUCUUCGGCCACUCUGCGUACUGUUACAAUGAGCAGAACUUAGAAGAACUGUGGGAAAGGAACUCUAAAUGCUUACCUUCUUUGAUGGUUCUGAACUGGCAAUGUUUGCCUUCUUUUCUAUCUUGGAUGUAUACAAACUCACAUACACACACACACACAUACAUACACACACAUACACACACAACACACACACAUACACACACACAACACACACAGACACACACACAGACACACACACAGAAACACACACCACAGACACACACAACGCACACACACACAGGAGACACACACACACACAUACAAAGACAUAUUCAACAUUUAAUCACAAGUGAAUACUAGCUGGGUCUAGAACUGCCAUCAAAAAUGGAGGUUUUACUUCUUUUGUUAAGUUUUGUGGUGGAAACUUAUCAGUUACGGUGCCUAGUCAUUUUUUAAAAGCCAAUGUUUAGCUCUUUUCGUUGAGAAAGGGGAAGGGGCAGAUCAUUAUCCAUGUUACUGUACCGGACUAACCUUAUCUCAUUUCAAUCAUGACCAUGGCAUAGACCCCGUUCCCCUGUCUCAAUGACCGAGGCCGAGCACUCUCAUCUUUUUUUAAACAUGUUAUCCAACCACACGGCAUGUUCAGCAUAGUAAGACAUCAAUCAUUACUCAAUCAUGUCAACAGACAAAACCUGAGGUGAGAGAGAGAGAGAGAGAGAAAAAAAACCCACAUACUGCCUGCAUCUCUAUACAGAUAAUAUGAUUGUUUAAAUAUGUAUAAACAAAACAAUAUAUCGGACAGACAGGACCUAGUUCAUUAUAUAUGUGAAUGUCAGCCAUUGGAAAACACUUGAACAUUUAAGAAGAGAAGUGCAGUUUGUGCGUUGCCAUUGACCCGUCGGACAAAGAACACAUUUUGGAGGCAAGUGAUUUUUUAAAUAGAUGGUGAUGGAUACGCCGAGGAGGCCAGGGCCUUGGAGGCAGUCGCCGCCGCGUGAAUGAGAGUGCAGUUCUUGGAUCACGCCUCUAUUCACACUGUAAAGGAUUUCAUGAGCUCCGAAAAAAUAAAAGGCACGAAUUGACUGCGGUUGGCGUCUGGUAAUGUGAAAUGCAUUUGGACUGCAAGGACACGUCGGAGCCGGAGCGCUGAGCGCCAUGGGGGGCUCCAUGGGGGCUUGGGUGUGCCGUUAGUGAAUAUUUCAAUCAAUAGAGGAAGCCGCCUGAAACACCGCUCCACUGGCCCGACUCCCCCACCUCGCCCCAUCUCAAUCUUAAGCACAACAUGCACAUUUGAGGGGAACUCCACAGGAGCCCUUUUCCCCACCCCUCUCUCUCUUCAUGACAAGUGGCACCGCUGUACUGUAGCGCUCUACAUAACCUUGUUAAAUGAAAUAAAGGGACAGACAUAUUCCAGUCUCUUCUGCAGGACUGUUCUCAGGGUCUGAUCAGCUGUCUGUACGGACUCUCAUCAUGACUCAGCAUCUCUCUCUCUCUUCUCUCUCAUUCGCUUUUAGAUAACCUGAGGUGUCACCACUCAUAUUCUAUCUACUCUAAAAAUCAGACAGGGGAAAGCUGGAGACGCUUACCUUACCUCUGGUCUCAGGCAAUGUGGCCCUGUUCUCGAGAACUCAACAACGUCUCCAUGUCCUGUUGUGCCGAUAACAGCGCUCAGGCAAGAGUGAGACCACGCAAGAACACAAUCGAGGACGAUUGAGAUUGAGACUGAGACUAAGGCUACAAGCUAACUCUCCCAGGUAGCCUGCAUGGCUACAGGUAACAGCUGUCCUUGCCUUGGCAUGACAGCCCACCUCAAUAAAACAUGAAUAAAAAUGGGCAAUUGAAAACCUCUGGUGUUGAGUUGAGUACAUUUGUGAUGCAUUCUCUGGCAUCCAUGACCUUGAACUAUGAUGGAAGGGGGAGGAUUGUAUUACUGUAAAUAUGCAGCAAUCUUCAACUCCGCAUAAGGAAGCAGCACCAGAGACUGAUUACUGCAGCCUGUGAUCUACCUACUGUACUCCUACUCUGCUCAAGGUGAAGGGAGUCGGUACAAGAGCUUUAUUUUGUUCUAUUAAUCAAGUUGUCCAUCAGGAAUUGUAGGCACGGUAUUUACCACUCCUAAUUUCUAAUGACAGAUUCAGAACAAAGCUACUGCAAUGGAGAGCAAUAAUACCUUCUAAAUCUUUCAGAUUAUAAAAUGAUUUCGGAUUUAAUCAUUUAGCCUGCAUUUGGCCUAAUUUGUAUUUUUGAAGGAUCGGACACAUCUGUAAUGUCAGUUGAAUAAACCAUGAGAAUAUCA